UAAAAAGUGGCUAUCUCGUAAUCAUGUUCCUAAGAAAUCUAAUUGCUAUAGAUUUGGUUAUAAUCAAGGAGAAAAUGUUUCUUUAAAAGAUUUGCAAAUAUUUCUCUAUAAUCUUGAAGGUGAUAAAAUACAAUGUUUGAAUAAUGACAUCUUAAGUUACAUAAAGAAAAAUCUAUUCGGUCUUCGACUGAAUAGAUUAAUUAGCUAUUUCAAUAUGGUUAACAUGAAAUUAAUUCUGGGCAUCGUGGAAUUAAUUCUGGGCAUCGUGGAAUUUGUAGUUACCAUAGUA